AUGUGUCCUAAAGAACCGUGGGAUGCACUAGCAAGACGUUUUGGGAGCAUUGAGGGUUGCCUUCUCCCACAGUUGAAUGAACAGUGGAAUGACAUCCGGUUUCUUGAUUAUAUGAUGGUAGGCGAUUUCCAAAGAGAUAUUCUUAAACUACAAGCACACGUCAAUUUUUGUGGGAUAAAACUCACAGAUAAAAACAUGAUUCAAAAGAUAUUGUCUACUUUCCCUUUGUCAUCUGUUAUUCUAUCCAACCAAUACCGCAUAGAAGUUGAUAACAAGAUAAUAACAACUUUCAGCAAGUUGAUCAACUUAUUGCAGGUGGCCGAAAGGCACAAUGAAGUUCUAGCAAACAACAAUGCUAGAGCCCCCAGGAAGAAGAAAAUUCCCGAGGCUAACUAUGGCAAGGAUAACAAGGGAAAACACCCCAAAGAAAAGAAGGUUAAAAAUGUUGAUUCAUAUUCUCAUGCUCCAUACUCACGUGGGGAUAAUAACCCACGUGGAAGAGGACAAAGGGGCCAUCGUGGAAGGGGCCAUGGGCGUGGAGGCCAUUCAAAUACAUGGACCUAG